GUAAGAAGCCUCAAAUGGCGGAAGAAGAGAAGGAGAAGGAGAAGAAUCUGAAGAAUAAUCAGAAUGCAAGGAAAAGAAAAAGGAAAGACGUCUUCAUCUAUGGAAAUUACAAAAGCUACUAUGGCUACCGUAUUCAAGAUUUCAGCCUUCCUGUAGAGGGAGUCGGCUUGGGUGGGUUCUGAGUCGACUCGAGCAAGUGAAACUUGGAAAUCGUUUCAAUUUCCGAAUUGGGCAUGACAAGAGCGAAGAUCCACGACUCGCUAUGUUAAACAAGGAAUGGUUUGAAGACAAAGAUUGCUUGGAUAUCGGCUGCAAUCAAGGCCUUAUUACCAUCGCCAUUGCAAAAAAGUUCUCUUGUCGAAGCAUUCUCGGAGUAGAUAUUGAUGCUAGUUUAGUUGAGAAUGCGAAUUGGAACCUUAGAAGGAUAGCUAGAAUGGAAAAUGCCAGUGGCAAAUCUGUCAAUGCCAGCACACCAGAUCUUUUGGAGAGAGUAAAUGGCUUGGACCAAAAUACUUGUGCAUCUUUAGGUGAGGUAGCAGUGGAUCUUCCAAAAGAACCUAGUCCGUUGAAGGAGCACACUCUACUUGAAAGAGUUUCAUUUCAAACGGAGAAUAUCAUCAAGAGCAUGAAUGCGUGCUGGGAGAAGUAUAACACAAUUCUUUGUUUGAGCGUAACAAAGUGGAUCCAUCUGAACUGGGGCGAUGAUGGAUUGAUUACUUUAUUUGUGAAGAUUUGGAGACUUCUUCGACCGGGAGGCAUUCUUAUAUUGGAACCUCAACCUUGGAAGUCAUAUAAAAAUAACCGCCUGGUAUCCGAGACAGCGAAAUAUAACUUCAAUUGUAUAUUGUUCAAGCCAGAGAUGUUUCAGGAAUUACUAUUGGAUAAGGCGUUCUUCAUGCGGGAUAUAUCUGUUGGACUGAUUGGAUGCCAUACGUACUAUGGUGGGCCCUACAUGAGUCACCAGCAUGAUUGGGUUUAGGACGGUAGAGACCAUUACCAACAAUACACCGGGAAGUGUUGUGGGAUUUGAUCGGCCCAUUUUCGUCUUCCACAAAUGAUAAUGCUCAAAGAGAGUUUCUAUUUACAACUGCACGUCUUUAUUUUCUACU